AUGGCCGCGCUCCUUCUCCACCUCCUCCUCCUCCUCCAGCUGCUCGGCUCCUGCCCCCGAGCGCUGCGGGUCACCUGCCGGGACCCCGAGGCACGGGUCUCCCAACGGUGGGACAGCAAGCGCCGGGUUUCGUGCCUGUGGAGCGGCACCGUGAUGCUGCGCUACCGGCCCACACCAGGAGCCCGAGCAGAGGCGGGGAGGGAAGCGGGGCCGCUGUCCCCACCGCGCUGCUCCUGGUACUUCGGCUCGUCCUGGGUGACCGACACGUCGCGCUGGUCGGGCCAAGUCGCGCAAUUGCUGUCCCCACCGCGCUGCUCCUGGUACUUCGGCUCGUCCUGGGUGACCGACACGUCGCGCUGGUCGGGCCAAGUCGCGGUACCGACGGGCCUCCCCCCAUCGCCCGCGGCCUCCGUCCUCCUCACGGUGCGGUGCUCCUCCACCUCCUGCCCCGUGCCCGGCUGCUCCCACCGCAACGCGACCGUCGAGGUAUCGGCGCAGGACGCCUGGCUCUUCGUGCUCUGGCCUCAGGCACAGCCGCUCCGGGCCAGGCAGCCGGUAGAGCUGGGUUGGUGCUCCCGGCUGAGGAGCGAAGGUUGGCAGUACCGCUUCAGCAGCCCGGGGGGCAGCCCCGCAGCCCUCCGCCUGCCCAGCAGCCAGCACCGAGGGGCCGCCCAGCCGGUAGAGCUGGGUUGGUGCUCCCGGCUGAGGAGCGAAGGUUGGCAGUACCGCUUCAGCAGCCCGGGGGGCAGCCCCGCAGCCCUCCGCCUGCCCAGCAGCCAGCACCGAGCCCCGCCGCCGCCCGCCGCCUACCCAACGGCCGAGCUGCGACAGACCGCCCCGCCGCCGCCCGCCGCCUACCCAACGGCCGAGCUGCGACGGACCUGCGCCGCCUACCACAGCUACCGCCUGACCGUCCGCUACGGCCACCACGGGCUCCACGUCGCCUCGGUCAGCGUCGAGCAGGUGCCUCAGCUGAACCUCAGCCUCUCUCUCCAGGUGCAGCCCGGCCCGCUGCGGCUCCUCAGCGUCCGCUCCAGGCUCCUCAGCGUCGCUCGGCAGCCCCUCAGCCUCUCCUGGAGGCUUCAGCCCCUCACGCCGAGGACGCUGGCCUACAGGCUGGUGGACACGCAGGCCGUAGGAGGUUGGCUCCGCUCCUACGGUUCCUUUACUCUGCAGAGCAACUUCUGUGCCGUUCCCGUAACUCAGAGCCCAGGUGAGGUGGCGGUGGCCAGCAUGUAUUUCCACGUUGACGGAGAGAGGUUCGAGGAACUGACGGGAGAUCUGCAUCUACGCAACGGUACCCUGAGCCUAACCGCAGGCCGAGAAGCUCCCACCCGUGUCAACCUUCCGCUGGGGAAGACCACCUUGAGCACUCACAUUGUCAGGUACCACCACGGAACAUUUUACGCAACCAGAGAAAACAACAGCCCUCUUUCCGCGGACGGCCCUAACACGCACACUGUGUUCUACCAACACAAGGAGCUCUCCUACUUACUCUCCAUAGAGCUGGUGGCCUUCCAGUGGUACAAGUUCAACAUGCACCUUUAUACGAACCAGAAGAGGGCUUUGUUUAGGCCCCUGUCAGAAAGAGACCUUGAAGUCCACGUUUUCAGCAGCGGCCGUCCUUCUUUGCCACAGAGCUUUACUUAUUUAGUGUGGUUUAUCCCUGCACAACACCCGAUGCUACAGUGCGAGUGGACCUUCCACCUGCAGCUUUUUGGAGCGCGCAGAGACCACCUUCUCCAGAACAGCACGUACACAUACAACGAUCACGUCAGAAACGCCACACGUUUGGUCCGUCGCUCCGCUUUACCCUUUGAUCCGGACAAAUACACGGGGUUUGCGGCAAAAGUGGACUGUACCACAAGUGCACAUACUCCGGCUCUUUUGGGAGUCAGAGUCAACAACUACGCUGCCAAAACCGUGGAAGCGCCGGUGGCUUGCCACCAACAAGCCUGCCACAUACAAACCGUGCAGAUUCAGAAACCCGUUCUCCACGCCUCUGUCCUGCGCCAGAAGAGGGCGACAUCUUUUUACCUCUUUGUCAGACUGGUAGUAGACUGCAAAGUCGGUAUAUUCAUCAAGCCCUUGUGGCGAAUCUAUUCCGUUCCGGACACGACCACGGUUCCCAACUGGACACAACCGAUAAACUCUUCUGCGAUGUACGGCGUCGAUAUGAUCCGCCUAACUGUUCCCAGUUUUACUCUAGAUUAUGGGCUGUACCUGUUUUAUUUCACUGUCGAGGUAACCCCGAUUCGGACCACAACAGUGCUCAGGGGCUCAGAUCAAGUUUAUAUUCAGAUCGAGAGAAGCGAUCUCCAGGCAGACAUUGCAGGAGGCACGUUCCGCACAGUGGGUUUUUCUGAUAACUGGACUCUGGAUGGCUCUGCAUCCAGUGAUCCCGAUUCACAGGAAGGACUGAAGGGAAUCACAUUCACUUGGUACUGCACUAAAGAGGUGUCAGACUAUAAGAAUAUGAAACUCAGUCCAGGGAACAGGUGCCAUCCAGCCCAGCGGGAUUUGAAAUGGUUAACAUCCUCGGGUCCAGUUCAAGCAGUGCCACCAGAAUCGCUCCCAGGAAACACCGUAUACUACUUCCGUCUCGUGAUUGAAAAGGACACCAGGAGGAGUUACGCCGACCAAACUGUAGAGGUGCGGCCCGGCUCCCCACUCCUUCUGGACGUGAUGUGCCUUGAAAACUGUGGUAGCACUCUAAUUCCAACGGAGAGAUUUGCCUUGUCUGGAAAAUGCCUAAACUGCAGAACAACCAGCCAGCCAGCCUACUACUGGUCCCUUCUUUCACAAAACUCUACAGAAAUUAGCUUUGACUGGUCUGCCAGAACGUCAACGGGCAGGUCUGGGGCUUACCUGUCUAUACAUGCUCUGACUUUCACAAAGACUGCACAUCGAUCCUACGUACUUCUGUUGAAAGUAACGACCUGGGAUGGUAGGUCCUCAAUCUACAGACACGCGUUUCAGGUCAAUUCUCCUCCGACGGCUGGCAAAUGUACCAUCAGCCCACGCUGGGGUACAGCCUUUCUGACGAAAUUUGUUGUUCAGUGCAGUGGAUUUUCUGACAGCAAUUCACCUCUGACAUACAAAGUGAUAGUAGCUUCCAAUGUACCCAAAACCACCAAAGUAACUUCCGUCGAGGAAAAUACAUUUGGCACAAUCCUGUACUUUGGUUAUCGGCCUAAAACUCCUCCCUCUUUUCUCCCAGUUGGAGUGCCCUCUCAGAAGUACGCCCUGACACUUUACGUUCAAGUCCACAAUUCCCUUGGGGCGUUUACCCAAGUGACUUUACAGGCCCACGUACAGAACCCACUUAACAGUCGACGGCUAGCUGUUGUGUUUCAUGAACUGGUGGCCUCCGUGAACGGUUUAAGCGCACCGAUGACAUCUUAUCUCCAGACUGGAGAUUAUCUUAGCGCGGGCUAUUUGGCUUACGUAGCAGCCUCGGUCUUGAACUACAUCAAAGGCCCCCCAACUCUCCAGCUCCCUAAGGCUCAGUUUCGGGAAAGCCUGAUUAGAACAGCCCUGAAUAUUUCAGUUGAGAGCAUGAUGGAAAUCAACCAAGUAGUUGCUUCUCUUUCUCAAGUCACAGAGGAAGCUGACGAAGUGAACGUUACAUCACAAGACCUUGCCAUUGAGAAGCUGACAGAAGUAACGGGAGUGCUGAAGGUCCAGAGGAAUGAGAGCCAUUGGUCUGAGCAGGCAGAAAUUCAGACCAGUGGAAUACUAAGAUGCUUGUCCAACAUCCUGAGAGCCGCUCUUCUGCAUCGCAGGAACAUCAAUGUAAGCGGAGUUAAACAAGUCUUCUCCAUCAUGGAAAAUUUAACGGAGAUAGUUUUCCAGGGCAAAGUCCCUGGAGAAACAGAAACUCUACUGGAAACAAAACACUGGAAUAUCACUCUGAAGAAAGACGAAACCUGGAACCUUACAAAUUCUUUCUCUACCAGAAACGCCUGCAGGAAUUGCUUUUAUCCAUCACUGAAAAAGGGAGAUUAUUCAGGAUCACCCGAUGAUGCUGUGAUUUCCACUGCCCUUUAUGAGUUUGAUGAGAACCCCUUCCCCUGGUUAGGUUACACAUCAGAAAUUGCAACAAUGAUCUUGGGGUUCAAAAUGUCAGAGACAAAGGCUAAUGGCGAUCUCCUAGGGAUCGCGCCUGAAGGAGCAGAAAUUACUAUUGCUAGGAAAGACAAGGAGUCUUCAACUUUUCAGUUGGCAAUGGGACCCGAUAAAACACAAGCUUACACAACUGGAGGAUUUAGUUUUGAAGUCAACAGAAAUACCAAGAGCAUAUACAUCCAGAUCCUGACGAAAUUAAAAGUUGCUUUCGAGGUGCUAGUAUUUACAGGUGCCAACGUCACUCGUGCUCAUCCCAUAGCCUCGUUUGCUGCUUUUCACAACAUGCCAACAGUUGCAAGCAAAAACACGACAGCUAGCGCUGACUGUAACAUUAAGGCUCCCUAUAUCAUCUGCCUCCCAGAGUCACUGCUGACAGCCACAGCUCAAGGAAGCGAUACAGACACUUGUAACAUCUCCAUCGUCUUGCUGGCACCCUAUGUUGUACGGUAUCAAACGCAGAGACUGGUGACGAUACACAUUUUUAGUGAUCAGUGCUUAUUUCUGGAUGGCGUUCAAAGCCUGUGGAGAGAAGACACCUGCAGGCUUGGCUCCCUGACCGACUGGCAGAGGGUACACUGUGUCUGCAAUAUGAAGCGGAGUCGCAGAAGUCUGUCAGUCCACACUGGGUCAAAUGCAUCCUCAUUCAGCAUCAGGUUCCUGGCAGCCAAGGUAAUAGUUACCCCCAACACAGUAGAUCUAGGAAAAACCCUGAUAGCAGACGUAUCUAAAAACCCAGUCACCCUCUUAGCAGUCAUCUUUAUUUUUGCCGUCUACUUUCUUUUGGCCCUCUGGGUCGUGAGAAAAGACAGGGCUGACAGGGAAAGACAAGACAAGAUUAUAGUUCUGGCAGACAACGACCCCUUUGAUAAAGUGAGCUUUUUGGUCACUUUAUACACAGGCAGUCGCUGGGGAGCUGGAACCAAAGCAGAUGUCUUUCUUCAGCUCAUUGGCCAGAACGGCACAAGUGAUGUCCAUUGUUUACGGGACCCACAUUUUCUGUCUUUCCAACGAGGAAGCACUGAUUGCUUUCUGUUAACUGCUAAAAAAGACUUGGGAGACAUUUGCUCCUUCAGGGUCUGGCACAACAACAGGGGCCCAUCUCCAAGCUGGUUCUUAAGCAGAGCCAAAGUUGAGAAUAUGUCCACCGGGAAGACCUGGUUCUUUAUAUGCAGGAAAUGGCUUUCUCUUGACAAGGGCGAUCACUUACUAGAAAGGACAUUUGCUGUCACAAACCCCAAGACACCUCUGCCCAAAACUGACUAUUUUUUGAUUAAUUUUGCCAACAGCCUGAUACAGGGCCAUCUGUGGCUCUCGAUUUUUGCUCAUGGUCUCAUGGGCACUUUCAGCAGGCUCCAAAGGUUGUCUUCUUGUUUAGCAAUACUAUUAUUAAACUUGCUAGUUAACAUAAUCUUCUUUAAUGCUGACAAGAGUGAAGAAGCUCCAAUACACUUGAGGUAUCUGAGAUCAAUAACAGUAGGAAUUGAAUGUGCUUUGCUUACCCAACCUGUGGAAAUGAUGAUAAUUGCCUUAUUUAAGUAUUCCUCGAAGAGACCUUCUCCUCGUGGUGUGGCUCAGACAGACCCAAAGGCAAAUUCACCCCUCCUCAAGGGAGGAGCUCCCCAAACCUGGAGUAAUUGCACAGUUUCUGAAAGAGACGCAAAUGUGAUUGAAACAGAAGAGCAGACGAUCAUUGCAAAUUCCCCUCCAACGCCUAAGGUCUGCCAGACCAGGCCACCAUCAAAUUCCGAUUUUAGUAAUAAUUAUGCAGAAGAAGGGGGCAACUUUCAGAAAGAAAGGAAACCACUGAGCAUUACCUCCAUGCCCUUUCACAAGAGACCGCACACAGCUUUUUGUUGGUGGUGUGCCUAUCUCUCGUGGGCACUAGUUAUAGCUGUAACCGGGGUAUCAUCAUUUUUCAUUGUGUUAUAUGGUUUGUCUUACGGCUAUCAGACGUCGCUAGAGUGGCUUUUGGCAUCUGCAAUCUCCUUCAUUGAGAACGUGUGUCUCCUUUCCGUUCUAAAAACCAGUUUUUUCUCAGCUGUGAGUACAAUUCAUCCAAAAUACUGUGAAAACAUCACGUGGUUAACUCGGGGAAAGUAUUCUGAGAGCAAGUUUGCUAAAGAAAUGAUGAGUGCUGAUGAGAUGCAAGAGGUGCACUUGAAACUUGCUAAAGUCAGAGGCACUAAGCAAUAUAAGCCUUUAGCAGCUGAUGAAAUUGCAAACAUGCUGAAAAGGGCAAAACUUAAAGUCAAGGCAUUUACUUUCAUAAAAGGUUUCACCAGUCACCUUGUCUUUUUAACGCUGCUGUUAUAUUUUGCCUAUUCCACUGAGAACGCCAACAGUUUCCACUACAACCGAUUCAUCCAUAACCAACUGUCUCCACAACUCUCCAGUGUAGAUAAGCCAGAACAUGUCUACGUGUGGGUGAAAGACUCGUUCUUGCCUUUGAUCCACAAUGACAUUCAGCCAACCUUUCUUUCCGAGAGCUGGUCCAAAAUCAUCGGUUUGCCUAGGAUGAGGCAAGUGCGGGCUAAGGGUACUGUGAAAAACUGUUUCCGUCCUCACAGCUUUGGAAAUAAUUCUGUGAUCAGUAAAAGCCACUGUCUUCACAAAUACGGUAGCGACAUCCCAGAGAAAGGUGACUAUGCUGGCGCUUGGACAAAGGUGGCCAACCAGUCUGCUCCCAAGGAUGCCAGCGGUUAUGAUGGGUUCACCUACCAGCGGAACAGCACUCUGUGGAUGUAUUAUUCAUACGGAGAUUUGCACACAUACGGACCAGCAGGAUACACGUUUUACUUUUUCCCUGAAGAAGGAAGACACAACUCAACGACCAGGCUGGAUGCUCUACAACAGAGCAACUGGCUUGAUGAAAAAACGUGGGCUGUGAUCAUUGAACUAACUACAUUUAACGCAGAUGUAGGUCUCUUCUGCACCAUUUCGGUCAUAUUUGAAAUGUCUCAUUUUGGGAUCGAAGAAGGAAGACACAACUCAACGACCAGGCUGGAUGCUCUACAACAGAGCAACUGGCUUGAUGAAAAAACGUGGGCUGUGAUCAUUGAACUAACUACAUUUAACGCAGAU